AUGCCUCUCAGCUACGAGCAGAUGGAAGAGUUGGUGCGCCACAAUCUAUCAGGCGCCGCCAGCGUCCCUAUCAUCGAUGUGCGUGACCGCGACGAGGUCAAAAACAGCGGCCUCAUCCCCAGCGCGACGAACGUGCCGCUCAACGAACUCGCAGGCGCGCUUUCCCUUGCGGACGCCGAGUACACCGCCAAGUACGCCGCGCCGAUGCCGAAGCGGGAUGCCAAGGUUGUCGUGUACUGCCUGAAGGGCAUGCGUGCGGAUAAGGGCUGCACGCUGCUGCAGAAGGAGGGGUUUACCGCUGCCGACACGUACCCCGGCAGCUGGGACGAGUGGAGCAAGCACCACAAGAUGUAA